CAAGAUCGAAGUUCACGUCGUUGCUCUCUGCUGCGCGCUCCCGCGCUGGAGAUCUCCGUGCCGUCUCCGCCUGUACACCACGAGCGCGCUUUGUUUCUUGCGACAAACGCCAUAAAAUGGAAAGGAUAUAUAGAAUUGACUAGCUUUUGCAAACUCCAGCCAAACAACUUUUUGACAGUCGUCCUCGUUCUUCUUCAUCUGUAACCAUGGAGACGGUGGUGAUCGUGGCCAUAGGUGUACUCGCCACCAUCUUCUUGGCAUCAUUUGUGGCGCUGGUGGUUGUGUGUCGGCAUCGUUACUGCCACCCUCCGGACUUUCUGCAUCAGUUUGAUUCCAAACCUACAGUUGAUCUGAUCGGAGCGAUGGAGACUCAGAGUGAACCGUCAGAGCUGGAGCUGGAUGAUGUUGUCAUCACCAAUCCUCACAUCGAGGCCAUGCUGGAGAACGAAGACUGGAUCGAAGAUGCCUCUGGUCUUGUAUCUCAUUGCAUUGCGAUUCUGAAGAUAUGCCACACUCUCACCGAAAAGCUAGUUGCCAUGACAAUGGGCUCUGGAGCAAAGGUCAAAGCACCUGCCAGCUUGAAUGACAUCAUCACCGUGGCCAAACGCAUCAGUCCAAGGGUGGAUGACGUGGUUCGCUCUAUGUACCCUCCACUGGACCCCAUUCUUCUGGAUGCCAGAGCCACAGCAUUACUACUGUCGGUCAGUCACUUGGUACUGGUGACACGAAACGCCUGUCACAUGUCUGGCAGCCUGGACUGGAUCGACCAAUCACUGCAUGCGGCCGAGGAUCACAUGGUCGUGUUGAGAGAGGCGGCUUUAGCAUCUGAACCAGAGAGAGGUUUGCCAGAGAGAGAGCAGUCAAUCUGAGUCACUCACACGACUGUGGCAGACAUAUACACAACACACAUUCAAGAACAUGCACAUGUAUUCCUGUAAAGAAUAUGACAAUUUAGUGGACAAUACUUUGGCACGUCCAUGAUAUGAAAGACAUCUUCGCUAAGCCUUGCUUUCAAACAUUGUUUCUUGUACUCUUUCACUGUAUCUCAUUUUUAUCUCUGUUACAUUCCAGUUUAUUCGGUGGUCAUGCCAUCUAAUAUUUCCUCAUGCUGGAUUUAUAUGUAGAUGCUAGAGGCAAAAAGUUCCUCAGACAAUCAAAAACAUGAAUGUAUAAAAAAAUUCCCCAAAAAUGCUUAUUGUUAUCACUAAGUUUGUUAGCUAAACCAUUUAGAAACAAAAAAGGUCUGUCUUAUUUGUCUUAUCUGUCUUAUCACAGUCUACAUAUAGUGUAAUAUUUUAGUACAAUACGUACAAUGUUUUCAUACAUUUACAUAUUUUCCUUAUUAGCAUCAGGUUCUGCGAAAUUGUAAAAUCUUUUUGCUUUUAUUUCUCUCUGAAAAUACAUUUAAAAAAAGAGCAGUAGAAAAAAUGGUUCAUUUUCCUUUUUUUCAGUUCAGUCUCCUUCGCAUAUCAGUUUAUAAAUAGUCAAUACACAAACUGACAAGUCACAAUCGUACAAUCACGUUAAGUUGAUACAUCACUCCUUUAUUACUGUACUGUAAUGUACUCCACUGUUAAAUGUUGGGGUCAGUAUUAAUUUUUAAAGUAUUUGAAAGAAGUCUCAACCAAACUUUGAACAGUUAAAUAGCUGGUUAUGAACAGUUAUGCAGAAAGUAAAACUCUUUUUUUUUUUUUUUUUGUCCAUCUGCUAUUUAGACGUGGCCUGUAUUAUUUCACCAGAGUCACAUGAAGUCUAAAUCCCCACUAAUUCCCUCCCUCAACCCCUGACUAUACACUUCACACUUUCAGCAGCCGCACACACAUUCAGAACUCUGUAAUUUCAUGGAUUAUCAUACAUUUCAGUUAUCAAUCAUGCUUUUCGGUUUCAAUGAUAAGAUUCAAUUGCAGAAUACAGUUGUUAAUUAUGAGUAUUUCUCUUGUUUUUUUUUUUUGUUUUUUUAGCAAUCUUGUUACUGACAUUUCUUGUUUGUUCCUCUAUUUGUUCUUUGACUCCUGUACUGUUUAUGUAUUUUAGCUUUGUAAAGGUAAAUAAAAGUUUCACAA